GGGGCGAGACGAGGCGCUCAGCCGGCGGUCAUGGGCCCCGAAGCGUUGCCGCGGCGGUGGUGGCGGCGGCGCCGGCUGAGUGACUGAGGGGAGACCCCGCCGGGGGAGGGGGCAGGCGGAGGGCGAGGCGCGUGUGGCGUGCGCGGUGUUGACGACGGUGUUUUUAACCCUUAGAUGGUCUCCAGCGAGCCGCUGCUGCUGCCGGUGUCACUGGAGGGCGAGUUCUCCAGUAGCAUGAAGGAGAUGAUCGGCGGCUGCUGCGUGUGCUCCGACGAGCGGGGCUGGGCCGAGAACCCGCUCGUCUACUGCGACGGGCACGGCUGCAAUGUCGCAGUGCAUCAAGCUUGCUAUGGAAUUGUUCAAGUACCCACUGGACCAUGGUUUUGCAGGAAGUGUGAAUCUCAGGAAAGAGCAGCUAGAGUGAGAUGUGAAUUAUGCCCUCAUAAGGAUGGUGCUUUAAAGAGAACAGAUAAUGGGGGUUGGGCUCAUGUGGUUUGUGCUCUGUACAUUCCCGAGGUGCAGUUUGCAAAUGUUUCUACAAUGGAACCUAUCGUGUUGCAGUCUGUUCCUCAUGAUCGUUAUAAUAAGACGUGCUAUAUUUGUGAUGAACAAGGCAGAGAAAGUAAAGCAGCCACUGGUGCUUGUAUGACAUGUAAUAAGCACGGAUGUCGACAAGCUUUUCACGUAACAUGUGCACAGUUUGCAGGACUUCUUUGUGAAGAGGAAGGCAAUGGUGCAGAUAACGUCCAAUACUGUGGCUACUGUAAAUACCAUUUUAAUAAACUGAAAAAGAGCAAACGGGGAUCUAAUAGGUCAUAUGAUCAAAGUUUAAGUGAUUCUUCCUCUCACUCUCAGGAUAAACACCAUGAGAAGGAGAAAAAAAAAUAUAAAGAGAAAGAUAAACACAAACAAAAAUACAAGAAGCAGUCGGAGUCCUCACCAUCCUUGGUUCCAUCUCUUACUGUAACUACAGAAAAAACAUACACAAGCACUAGCAACAACUCCAUGUCAGGCUCCUUGAAGCGAUUGGAAGAUACCACAGCUCGAUUUACAAAUGCAAAUUUCCAGGAAGUUCCUACACACGUUUCAAGUGGAAAAGAUUCUUCAGAGGCUAGAGGGUCAGAGAGCAAAGGGAAGAAAUCUGCGGGUCACAGCUCAGGUCAGAGGGGAAGAAAGCCUGCUGCUGGAAGAAAUCCAGGAACAACUGUGACUGCAGCUAGCCCUUUUCAGCAAGGAAGCUUUUUGGGCACUCCUGGGAGCAUAAAGUCAUCUUCUGGAAGUUCAGUUCAGUCUCCCCAAGAUUUUUUGAGUUUUACAGACACAGAUCUGCGAAGUGACAGUUUCACGCAUUCUCAGCAGGCUUCGUCAACCAAAGAUGUACAUAAAGGAGAGGCUGGGAGUCAAGAGGGGAGUGUUAAUUGUUUCACUUCACUAAUUGGUCUCCCUUCAUCAGCAGCUGUUUCCCAAUCUAAAAACUUUGAAAGCUCACCUGGAGACAUAAGUAAUUCAAGCCUUACUUCUACAGCAUACAAACGAGCUCAAACUUCUGGAAUAGAAGAAAAAACUGUAACAGAGAAGAAACGGAAAGGAAAUAAACAAAGUAAACAUGGGCCCGGUAGACCCAAAGGAAAUAAAAGUCAAGAAAGUCUUUCCCAUCUUUCAGUUUCUUCUGCUUCCCCUACUUCAUCUGUGGCAUCUGCUGCAGGAAGUGUGACAAGCUCUGGUCUUCAAAAAUCUCCAACUUUGCUCAGGAAUGGAAGUUUACAAAGUCUUAGUGUUGGCUCAUCUCCAGUGGGUUCAGGUAUUUUUAGCAGCAAUGAUGUAGCAGUAUCAUUUCCAAAUGCAGUAUCUGGCUCAGGAUCUAGCACUCCCGUUUCCAGUUCUCAUUUACCUCAGCAGGCUUCAGGGCACUUGCAGCAAGUGGGAGCUCUAUCACCUUCAACUGCGCCUUCUGUAACUACUGUUUUUGCUGCAACUCAGGCAAACACCCUACCUGGAUCUUCUCUCAGUCUGCCUCCAUCCCACAUGUACGGCAAUAGGCUGAAUCCAAAUUCAACCAUGGCAGCACUUAUGGCUCAGUCUGAAAACAGCCAAGCAGAUCAAGAUCUCGGAGAUAAUAGCCGAAGCCUCGUUGGCAGAGGAGGAUCACCCAGAGGAAGUCUCUCACCACGAUCCCCUGUGAGCAGCUUGCAGAUUCGCUAUGAUCAAUCAGGGAACAGUUGUGGGGAGAAUUUGCCCCCAGUAGCAGCCAGCAUAGAACAGCUUCUGGAGAGGCAGUGGAGUGAAGGACAACAGUUUUUAUUAGAGCAAGGCACCCCCAGUGACAUUUUAGGAAUGCUUAAAUCAUUACACCAACUUCAGGUUGAAAAUAGGCGGUUGGAAGAACAGAUAAAGAAUCUGACUGCUAAGAAGGAACGGCUUCAGCUUCUCAAUGCACAGCUCUCGGUGCCCUUUCCAACAAUAACUUCAAAUCCCAGCCCCUCUCAUCAAGUACAUGCCUUUCCAGUCCAAGCACCACCUAGUACUGAUUCCUUGAACAGCAGUAAAAGUCCUCAUCUGGGAAACAGUUUUUUACCGGACAAUUCUCUUCCAGUAUUAAAUCAGGAGAUAACCUCCAGCGGACAAAGCACCAGCAGUUCAUCAGCGCUUUCCACUCCACCACCUGCUGGGCAGAGUCCGGCCCAGCAAGGCUCGGGAGUCACCGGAGUUCAGCAGGUCAAUGGUGUGACAGUGGGGGCACUGGCUAGUGGUAUGCAGACUGUAACCUCCACCAUUCCUGCAGUGCCUGGUGUGGGUGGAAUAAUUGGAGCACUGCCAGCCAGCCAGCUGGCAAUCAAUGGAAUUGUAGGGGCUUUAAAUGGGGUAAUUCAGACCCCAGCAACAAUAUCACAGAACCCUUCUCUCACUCAUGCAACUGUGCCACCCAAUGCAACUCAUCCUCUGCCAACCACGCUAAAUAACAGUGCCAAUGCAGAGCAAGAGAGGCAGGCAGAGCGAUUAAAGAGAAGGGAGAACAACAGAAAAAAGCAGUGCAAAGGUAAAACAUGGUCUGAGAAAAAAAAUGGGAUAAAAGAAUGAAAAAAACCAUCUGAGAAGAUUCAUUCCCUUAUAGAAAAAUACAGAAAAAGUAAGGUAAAAAGAGAAGGAAACAGUGAUAAUUUUAGUCAGAAUACUGUGGGAAAUAGUGUCAAAGGCUUUACCUAAGCCCAGGUAGACACAUGCACAGCCCAUCCUUCAUACACCAAGCAGGUCACCUUGUCACAGAAGGAGAUCAGAUUGGUCAAGCAGGACCUGCCUUUCACAAACCCAAGCUGGCUGGGCCUGAUCCCCUGGUUGUCCUGCACGUGCUGUGUGGUGGCACUUAAGGGGAUCUGCUCCAUGACCUUCCCUGGCACUGAGGUCAGGCUGACAGGCCUGUGGUUCCCAGAUCUUCCUUCCAGCCCUUCUUGAAGAUGAGCAUUACAUUUUCCAGCCUCCAGUCAACUGGGAUCUCCCCAGUCAGCCAGGGCUGCUGGUAAAUGGCUGAAAGUGUCUCUGUGAGCACUUCCACCAGCUUCCUCACUACCCUUGGGUGGAUCCCAUCCUGCUCCAUAGCCUUCUCAUUGGAAGAGGUUUCCCAUUCCCCACAGGAAAUAAAGUGCAGCCCACCAGGUGUUUCCCAGGCUGAGGCCAUCCAAUGAAGUAUGAAACAAAGUUCAUAUGUGGCUUGCCCUGUCCCAACAGGAGAGAAUGGUGAUGCUUUGGGCAUUUUCAUAUUGGCUGGUUAAUACAAAAUCAGAUUACAUUGGAGUUGGGCUACAGUCUGCUGGCUACUGUAAAAAUGCAAGAUAAAUACUAUGUGCUGGGGAGCUAAAUGAUUGUAGCCUAGUGCUGUGGAUUUGUGGCUGAUUUAAGUUAAUAAUUCCUUAUUACCAGUCACAACAAGCAAUCCUGUCAUCCUCUUGAUCAUCCUGCUGCACACCUUCUUGCUGGUGCAUCACACAGUGACUUCAUCUACAUUAAUAGAUAAUCUUUCAGUGUGUUUUGUAUUGGCUUAAGUUUCACCUCAGUUCCCUUGAGGUGCAGCUCAUUGUGCAAGAGCCACUAUGAGGGGAGAGGACAGAAGUGUACAGCUGAAAGGAACAUACUUAAUGUUUCAACAGCAAGAUAAACCUACCAUGAAACUACACCUUAAUAUUUUAAUGGGUGUUUUAAACUAGUAGAAGCUAACGCUGGUACUGAAAGAGUAAAUCCAGUUGUCUUUCUGGUCCUGUGUUCCCGACACACCCUUGUUCAUGCUGUUGGUCUUGCAGUCAGCUGGCACAGCUGAAGAAACCCUUUAUUUCCAGACUAGUUGUCAGCUGGAUCUAUGCCCUGCCUGGUUUCCUAAGUAUCUGCAGCAAAUUAUAUGCAGGCAUGAAAAUGGAGACUGGGAGUGAAGUAGCUGGCAAAUGCAGAGGCAGCAUCCACAGACUGAAGGUGUUUGCUAAAUUACAGACAAGGUUGGGAAGAGUGAGUGAUUUGAAUGUCACAAAGGAUGGGAAUUAGAAGGAAACCAAGGCAAAGUAAAUGCUUGGUAACUAAGUGUUAAAGAUUGGCAAGAGCUGUCUUGUAAUAUAAAAUCUGGACUUUCUUCAUAAAGUAUUUGGAAAAAAUGUAGAACUGGUAAUUAUUUUCUGAGUUUCAAAUAAUGUGCAUGGAGUAGACGUAUGUUACAGGCAAGAUGUUGCUGUUGCUCAGCAUAAAUGAGACUUGGGGGUGAUAAGGUGUAGGCAUGUGUCAAAAUGCAACUGGACAGAUAGACAAUUUAAUGUUUACAAUAUGCAAUCAAAAUGCUAAAUAGGGACUCUGUUUGUGUACAUCUUUGCUUUAAUGGAAAGUUGAAGUAAAAAGUUCCCAUACUUUCAUGUAAACUACAGUAUUACCCUGUCAAACC